AUGGCUUCGCCGCCGGCACCAUGGGCCGAAGGCCUCGCCAUCGAUCUGCUCCUGCUCAUCAUCGCCGGGCUGUGCUGCCAGGCCGACCGCGCGUCCUUCGCAUCCGUCUGCCAGCGCUGGCGAGAGGCGGCGAAGCUGGCGAAACCGGUCCGCAGCCAGAUCCCCUGGCUCCUCCUGCCGUCUCCCUCCUCGACGCCGUCCAUCUUCAGCUUCUUCUCCGGCCUCAGGCGCCGGAUCCGCAGCCUCCCGGCUGACUUCCGCCGCGAGCGUCUCUGCGGCUCCCAUCCCGGCGGCUGGGUCGCCGUCGCGCUCGGUCCCUUCGGGGGGCACUUGCUUGCCAACAUCUUCUCCGGUGCCAGGGUCGGUCUCCCCCACCGGCUGAUGCAACUGCCGUCGCCGAUCUUGAGGGUGACGCCGGUGCUGAUCCGCGCCGUGAUGCUCUCCGCGGCGCCAACGGCGGCGCACUGCGUCGCCGGGGCCCUUGUCUGCGGCGCGUCCAACGUCGCCUUCUGCUGUCCAGGGGACUCGCACUGGUUUGCCUACCCUGAGAUUGACGGCCUCCAGGACAUGGUCUACUAUGCAGGAGAAGAAGAAGAGAAGCGGGGAUUCUAUGUCCUCGAGGGGCUAGGGGACGUUCAGGUGCUCAGCUUCGACAUCAUUCAGGUCAAGAGCGCUCCCACCGUCAUGAAGUACGUGGUCCGAGCAAAAUCCAUCAAGUACGUGAUGCCGGAGCAAGCUCCGGACACCAUGCUGUCUUCCCUGCCCGCGUCCACCUGCCGUACCGGGUACCUAGUGGUGUCCCGGGCGAAGCUGCUCAAGGUGCUGCGCUACUACUCCCGCGAUGACCAAACUGGGGCGCGCCGGACGUUGCUGUUUAGAGUUUUUGAGAUGCAGAUCAGUAGCGAUCAUAGGGCAUCGUGGAUGGAGUUAGACAACUUGGAUGGCCGGGUGCUUUUCGUUGGGCGAGGAUGUUCUAGGGCGUUCGAAGCAUCUCAGCUCCAUGGCUUCAAUGGUGGCAGCAUUUACUACUUGGACGAUGCUGAGUUCGAUGUGAUGCCGUGUCUCCAGAACGAAGCUGAGUACCCUUCCAGUGAUAUGGGUAUGUACUCGAUGCGUGGUACUACUGUUCGGCCAAGUUUGGAUGCUCCAAGUGCAAACAUGCGCCCUGCUACAUAUGGUGCAAAAACCUAUCUGACCAGGUUCGUCAAUGGUGAUAAUGGAAAUCAGCAAUCAUCUGUUGUCGAGAUGACAGAAGAUGAAGCCCGACGCAGUACUGGGGGCGAGAUUAUUGGCACUCGUUGGAGCAUUCUUUCUGAACCACAGUCCAAGUUCUCGCCUCCCAUCUGGUUCUGUCCUUGA